AUGAAUCGACGAAAAGGAAGUCAGAAUCCUCAUACAAACCGGUCCAAGCCAUAUGCUAAGAAUGACAACAAAAGAGUGAAUGCUGUUAAGGAUGAGGAUGAAGAAGAAUAUCCUGAACUUUCAGAAUAUUGUUUUUCAGUAAAUAUUCCUGAACUAAUGUAUGCCAUGCAGGGAUUGGGGGAUAAAGCAAGAUGGCCUAGAAAGAAUCCUAAAAAUGUUGAUUGGAAGGACAAAUCAAAGUGGUGUGCCUUUCAUGAAGAUUUUGGGCACAUGACGGAGGAUUGUAUAGCCUUGAGAAAAAAGAUAAGUUACUUGCUAAGCAAAGGUUACCUGAAAGAACUUCUUGGCAGGAAGAAGAACAAGACUCAGGAUACUGACAAGAAUCCUGAAAGAGCAGCAUCUCCACCACCCGAUGCAAAGAUAAUUAACUUCAUCUCUGGAGGAUCCGACAUAUGUGGGACUUCUUACUCUACAGCCAAAAGGCAUGCUAAAGAAGCCAAAGCGGAAAGGGGAGAUAAGCCAACAGGAAUGACGAUGCUGACGAAUGAUAAAGUGAUAACGUUUGAUAGUGAUGAUCGGGAUAACAUCCAGGAUCCCCAUCAUGACAGGUUGGUAAUUACUUUGUAUGUUGCUAACCAUUUUGUCCUCAGGAUACUGGUAGAUAAUGGGAGCUCAGUCAAUAUCAUCCAGUUGGAGACUUUUAAGAAGAUGGAUAUCCCGCAGACUGAGAUUACUUCAAAAUCCACUGUACUUGUAGGAUUCAGUGGGGAAGCAAAGAACACUACCGGGGAAAUCAAGCUACCUGUCUAUGUUGAAGGGGUAAACUCGUUACAACGCUUCUGUGUUAUGGAUUUAUUAUCCUGCUAUAACAUAAUAUUAGGCAGGCCUUGGAUUCAUGACAUGAAAGCCGUACCCUCCACUUAUCACCAAUGUGUGAAGAUUCCUACUCCUUGGGGAGUGGUGAAAGUUGAAAGUGACCAGCAGGAAGCAAAAGAGUGUUAUUCUUCCUCGAUGAAGGCAUCAGCAAAAUCCCAGGAAGGAUAG